AGCAAAAAACUGUCAAACAACUAAAUAGUGGAAACAACUAAAUAAUUGAGUUCUCAUUACCUGAGAUGAGGAAGACUUUCUUAUGUAAUUGAUAUUAAUUUAUUAACACCAGGCACUGAGAUAAAUAGUAGGGUUCAGAUUAUUGAUAUUAAGUAACUCUCUUCCUAUUAGGGAUUAGAAAAUGCAAUAAAAAAGGUGGGAGGGGAAUUUUUUAAAUAUUAAAAUGUAGUGUCAUUCAUUCAACUAAAGGACUGUCUUUGAAAUUCAAGGUGACCCAAUAGAAAGGGAGAGAGUAAGACAAUAAUAGACUUCUGAGCUGGGUUCAAUGAAACCAAAGGCCAUUGUAAGAAAAUAUGGAACAUGAAAACGCAGAGACAUUUUCAAUAACAUAGUAUAUUCAUAGAAUUGCUAGAGGAUGAACUGAGAGCGGGGUAGCAUGGAAGCGUGUCAUGAAGGACAUCUGAUAGAAUAAAGAAUUUAGACAUUAUUCUAAGAGGAAUUGGAAAUGCUUAAGGUGUUUUAAGCAUGAGCUUGAUACAAUGGGAUUGAUGUGGGAUAUGGGGAGCAGUCUGCCUCGUGGAGAAAGAUGUAGCUCCUCAGUUGUAGGAUAUGUUAACGGCUACCUCUUUGACUUGAAUAUUAACAAUCUUGCUUCUCCUUCUCUUGUUCAUUGUCCUAUGGAAAACACACCAGUGGAAUGGCAUUGGGGCAGAAUCACACUACAGUGACGAGCUUCAUCCUUCUGGGCCUCACAGACCAGGCAGACCUGAAACAACUCCUCUUUGCCAUCUUCCUGCUGAUCUACUCCAUGACUCUGGUGGGCAACCUGGGCAUGAUAGACCUGAUCCACACCAGCUCUCCCCUCCACACUCCCAUGUACUUCCUCCUGAGCGUGCUCUCCUUCCUUGACAUCUGCAACUCCUCUGUGUUCACCCCCAGGCUACUGACCAGCUUCCUCACCACUGACAAAUCCAUCUCCUUUGCAGGCUGUGUGGUCCAGAUGGCCCUCAUGAACCUCCAUGGAACAGGGGAGUGUCUGCUUCUGACCAUCAUGGCCUAUGACCGAUUUGUGGCCAUCUGUCACCCUCUUCUCUACCACACUAUCAUGUCCAAACGUUUGUGUGUUCAGUUGGUGGUGUUAGCCUAUGCUGUGGGUAUGUUCAUUUCAGCUGUACAGACAGGGAAUGCCUUCAGCCUGCGUUUCUGUGGCCCCAACAUCAUUGAUCAUUACUUCUGUGACAUCCCCCCAGUGCUCCAACUGGCCUGCUCAGAUACCACCACAGCCAAUAUCGUCCUGCUUUUCUUUGCUGCCUUGGCCACUGUCCCCACCGUCUCAGUCAUAUUGGUUUCUUAUGCCUACAUCCUGGUCACAAUCUGUAGGAUGAGGUCCCUGGAGGCCCAGCGCAAGGCCUUCUCCACCUGUGCCUCCCACCUCACCGCCCUCUCCCUCUUCUAUGGAUCCGUGUUCCUUGUAUAUCUCCAACCCAAUCCUGAGAGUGCUUCAGCCUAUAACAAGAUCCUCUCUGUGUUCUACACCAUUGUGAUCCCCAUGCUGAACCCCCUGGUUUACAGCCUAAAGAAUAAAGAUGUCAAGGCCGCUGUACAAGGCAGGGUUCUUAACCUAAGCAGAAAAGUAUUUUGUCAGAAAGACAUCUGUAGCUUAUAA